AGAAUCUCCGCCUCUUAACGCCUCUAAACACUGAAAGCAUCCUGACUGGGUUACAGUUCAUUAGCGGACAUCACUUUGCUGCAGUCAACACACCAUGAAGACCUUCACCUUGAUAACAGCUUCACUUCUCUGCAGCUUUAGUUGGGUCUCUGUCUCAGUUUCUGGGUCUCAGAUCGUGGAGGUCCGUCCUGGUGAAGAUGUCUCACUGUCGUGCUCCAACAUGUCCAAACAAAGUCCUGUAUUUUUCUGGUACAGACUGGUCAACACAACCAAGUUCAGUUGCAUCUCUUUCAUGUACGGUGUUCACAGCAAACCUGAAAACUGCGACGGAUUUAAAGAUGGAUCAUUUGAAAUGAGCUUCAACAUCUCUACUGUGUUUCUCACAAUCAAAAAGGUGGAAAUAUCUGAUUCUGGACAUUAUUUCUGCGGAUUUUAUUUAAAUGCAUUCGUUCAUCUCAGUGUGGUACAUUUCCAUGUGAAAGGUUUCCCUGAACCAGAUGACAUCACCAGUGAUUGUCAAAAAAAGUUUGAUGUAGACCCGAAGCUGCUGGGUGGGAUUCUGGCUGGUCUGACUGUUUUCUUCAUGACCAUCAUCGUUGGUCUGGUUCUUCAAAUCAAGAAACUUCAGAAAGAAAAAUGUCUGCAAACGAAUAAAAACCCUGACUCUGAUGAGCUGAACUACGCCACAGUCACCUUUGAUCGACAAGGAAGAAGAAGAAGAGAGCUGGAGCCAAAUGUUGUUUAUGCUGCCACCAGAUAGACCGAAGGAGGAAACCAAACCAGAGCUCAGUGUUAAACUGAUGCUUUGACUUCUGGGAGGGGUUGCUGAUUUUAUGUGUCAGAUAAUGUCAGUGCUUUUUUUGUCUUGAGACUGUGGUUUGUCUUCGAAGAACGAGAAGGGGUGUUAAUGUCAGUCUGUUAUUUUAUCAGAGGUACAGAAAGAUUCA